AUGUAUCAUUCCAUCCAGUAUGAAGAUCACCAAAGUAUGAAAGCCCAUUCAAUAUCUCAACAUCACAUGAAAGUAUUUCUAGACUCAUUAAGUAGUCAAGGACCAGAAGAAGUACAGCAGUUUGUGCAUUCUCCAGUCUCGGUAUACCAACAAGGAAAUCAUUAUAUAUACAUGGGCAGCACCGAUGUAGCAGGGCCUUUGUUAGAGUUAGUGCAUCCAGUUACAUCACAUCUCCAACAUCCAGCACUAAGCUACUGUGGACCACUGGAGCAGCAGAAUAUUCAAGUGUGCCAUAUACCAUCUCAACAAGGCCAUCAAAUAGAAAUGCAGCAAAAUCAUUUGUUCAAACAAGUACAACUGCAGAUAGACGCUCAGCCCUCCCCUGAAGGGCAAUUUAAUACAUCAACCUCUGUAUGUGAAAGAAGACUGUCAUGUAUUUCUCAACCUAUGAAGAAAAGGAAAAUUGAGAUGUCACUAGAAGAGAACUACAGUAAUAGUCAAGGUGCUCUGCAGAAUAUACCUAUUACUGUACUAACAAUGCCUACCAGUACCCAACAGCAGGCUUACAAUUCUCUUCAAGAACUGCUAACAGUAGAUAGCAAUCAACUGUAUGGACUUGCACCUGCUACAGGAACAAAUGGCCAUCUGCCAGAUGUAGAAUCAUGGGCAGUUUGUCCUACUCAUGCAAUUUGCCCUGAAGCUCAGAAUAUGGUGAAUACCCCUGUUUAUCGGGAUGCCUGUGGUAUUAUUCAGAUUGGUGAAAUGGCUAUGAAUAUGACUAGCAUUAAGUUAGAAGAAAGCAAGGAUAAUAUUCAAUCUGUUUCAGAAGCUAGAAAGAGUAUUCAGGAGAGUCCCGUUCCUAGCACACCCUGUUUCCCAGUGGAGUGUGUAAAUAAGAAUGGAAAUAUGCACCUUCCUCUCGCUGUACAGAGUGGAAAGAGGAUGUAUCAAUCAGCUGAAUACUGGGAUGAACAACAGAUGCAGGAUUCUCAAUCACUGCCACACUUGCAGAUACAGAAUGAUUUAUAUCUUCCUUGCAAACUCAAACCAGAAGAAGGAGCUAAUUUCUGGAAGAACUGGGCACAAAUGAAAAAUGAGGAUGUAUGGAAAGAUGCUGGAAAAAACCCUCAGGGAUUUGGAAGAAGAAAACCAAUGACUUUUAGGGAAGAUGUCCUUUCAGUGCCAAUAGCAGAACUGAAUUAUGGGCUGUGCCUAAUGACCAAAGAAGCUAGAAAGGAAGAUGGUUCCUCUUAUGAAGCAGACAUGUUGUAUUAUUUAUUUCUUUGUAUUCAAAAGUAUAUGUUUGACAAUGACAGAAUUGACAACAUUUUUGCUGAUCUUUAUUAUGUGAAGUUUUUGGAAAGACUUCAUGGAGUGAUGAAGGGAUGGUGUCCAAGAGUGAGCCCCUCUGGGUAUAUUCUGUCUAGUUGUAUCAUGGAGGAAAUGUUAUGGGACUGCAAACAACUUGGAGCACAUUCUCCUGCUACUCUCCUGUUCACACUGAUGUAUUUCAACACUAAGUAUUUCAUAUUGAAAACUGUGGAGCAGCAUGCACAGCUAGCCUUUUCCAAAAUACUGAAGCAGACCAGGAAAAAUACAGGCAUCGGAAAGGACAAAUGUUCUAUAAUACGAUUCCUGAGGCUUUAUGGACAGAUUCUUGGAGGACGAAAAGAUGAGACUUAUGUGGAACAACCUGAAAACCCAGACAACCCUUUGCAGUGCCCCAUAAAACUGUAUGACUUCUAUUGCUUUAAAUGCCCCCAAGGUGUCAAAGGGCCAAGUGAUACCUUCUAUCUGGUCCCUGAACCGGUCGUGGCACCAAACAGUCCUAUCUGGUACUCUGCUCAGCCUGUGAAAGUGGAUGUGAUGGAGCAGAUGUUGACCAGAAUUCUGAUGGUCAAGGAGGUCCAAGAAGCACAUGCGAAGACCCAUAUAUCCGCAUAG